CCAUCAUGUUAGGUCUAGCAGCAUCUAUAUAUAACAGAAGGUGAUACUACGCAACAUAGCUCUGCAGAAUAAAACGGACACAUAUAUCCCAUCCCAGAAUAGAAGAGAAAAAGCAUGGUGUCCUCAAACUAGAAUGAUCCAUCUAUAUAUCUGCACCCACAAAAUCCCCAGCCUAGCCUCCCUCAACCAAAAAGGUCACCGGGGCCAUAUCAUCAACCUUGUGCCAUUGUCCGUUGUUGGUCACAUACAUGCCUGAUGCGUCACAUGUUUCUGUUACCGUAACGAUCAAAUCACCGGUCGGACGUCGCGUCGCUUAAUUUCGUGCUCAAUCACCGGUCUGGAACGUCACGUCGUGCUCAAUCCGUCACGUCGAUAUUGUGCCUCCGGUUGAUCCAUCUUCUUCAUCAAAACCCUCCUCUCAGGUUCCGUUACUGUCUUCUGUCCUUGUUAGGCCACCCAUGGAGCUUUCUUCAAUUAUGCAAGUAAUUAUUCCAGUUCCAUCCAAUAGAAGAAAAGAAAUGGGAAAAAUGAUAAUGUGGGAUGAGAUAUAUUGAUGCCUUUGUCUGGUUUUGUUUGUACGUUUGGACAAGAAUCUCAGAAUCACCAAAAAAGCCAGAGGCCCCAGCCCUCAUUUUCCGCCAUCAAAAUCUACAAAUCCUCUCACCCUCUCACACCUUUCCUCUUCUUCUUUCUUUCUUUCUCUACUUCCUUCAAUUUCUGUCCCUCCCAACCAAAAUGGGCUGCUUUCUUUUUCUCUCUCUCAAGCCCACCGCCGCCGCCUCCUCCUCCUCCGCCGCUUUCUUUGUUCUUUUUCUAAUCACACUCCUCUCUUUUCUCUCCACACCCUCCAAUGCCGACCCCGACAGCCCCAAACUCGGCGACAUUGCCACCACCUUCCCAGCCUCGCCGCCUAGCGAUGAAGACACCGUGGACUCCGCCAUCAAGCCCAACUCCUUCCGCCCCAGCAUAAUCGUCAUCGUCGGAGUCCUCACCACGCUCUUCACCCUCACUUUCCUCCUCCUCCUCUACGCCAAGCACUGCAAGCGCGGCAGCUUCGUCGUCAACUCCUCCGGCGGCCCUCCCCGCGCUGCGGCGCUCCGUAAAAACUCUGGCAUCGACCGCACCGUCGUCGAGUCCCUCCCGGUCUUCCGGUUUGGGUCGCUCCGCGGGCACAAGGACGGGCUGGAAUGCGCUGUCUGCCUGACCCGGUUCGAGCCCACCGAGGUCCUCCGCCUCCUACCGAAAUGCAAGCACGCCUUCCACGUGGAAUGCGUCGACACGUGGCUCGACGCCCACUCGACCUGCCCGCUCUGUCGCUACCGGGUCGACCCGGAAGACAUUCUCCUCAUCGAAGAGACCCGCUUCCUCCCCCACCAGAACAGCAGCCACCCCCAGACUCCCGCUCCGCCGCACCAAAACGACGUUGUCAUCGACAUCGAAAACGACAGCAGCCACCCUGGCUUCCGCCGCGUCUCCGGCCGCCACUCGUCCGCCUUGGAGCGGCAGCCCGGCUCCUCCAACGACAAUACAUCCUCCUUCCGGCGGUCCUUCGACAGCUGGACCUGGUUCCGGAAAAAGACCGAACCCACCUCCACCUCCACCUCCGCCGCCGGAGGCAUCGACCGUCCGAGAAAAGACGGCCUUCUUUUACCGCAAGAGAAAACACGACUAGAGCACAGAAUCAUAGUCUCCUCCCCAAGAUCAAGCAACACCGGUAACAAUAACGGAAACAGUAACGGCGUGAACCAGCGGUGGAGCGACGUGGAGGCCUCGGAUCUUCUGUACCUGCAGUCGGAAAUGAUCAUGAGCGAUAGCGACGUGACACGUCAGCGGCAGCAGCAGGGUGAGGUAGCGUCGCGCAGUGGCAAUGGGGCCGUUAUUAAUGGGGGGAGUGGGAGUGGCAGAGGCGUAAUAAGUGAGAGAAGCGUGUCGGAAAUCACGGGGCUGAGCAGGUUCGCGAGCAGAGGGAGCGGUAGUAAUGACAGAAGCAGCAAUCAUCAUAAUAAUACCAACACUAAUCACCGGAGCCAAACCCAAAACCAAAACCGGCAGCAACAGCGACAGCUCAAACUCGCUUCCAGGUGGGUGGCCUGGAUUUCGUCCCACCACUCACGGCUACCGCCACCUGUACGGCCAGAUCGCCAAAAAACUCCUCCUCCGCCACCUCCACCGCCAUUACCGUCGACUGUACCCACCGGUUGAGUUCCUCUCUCUCAACCCUUUUGUGUUUAGUUAUACACAAGACGACGGAGAGGUGAGAUAUGAAAGGCGACAAGUGCACAACCCGGUAAGUUCCAAAAGGGUUUCUGAUUGUUUCGGGUUCUGGGGAAGUGAAGUGAAGUGGAAUCGGGGGAGAGUUGUCGUAGCGUGAUAAUUGUUUGAAAUAGAUGGGAAAGGAUGGUUGGCGCUAGAAGUUAGAAAAUUAGAUACACAGGCAGAGGGAUAGAUAUUCCAGACAACCACGGACGCCGAGACGGCACGUGGAUUUUCUGAUACAGAAAAAAUUGUACUUUGGGUUUUGGGUGUUGGCCAUUUUGCAUGUGUAGAGAUAUUCUUAUUCUUCUAGAAUAAUUUAGUGUACUUGAUUAGCUCAUUUUAUUUGGAUUAGAUACUUGGAUCAGAGGGUUUUGAUCUUAU